AUGGACUGUUUAGACUACUAUGUGGUCCUGUAUGACAUUACUGGGUUGAUGGACUGUUUAGACUACUGUGUGGUCCUGUAUGACAUUAUUGUGUUGAUGGACUGUUUAGACUACUAUGUGGUCCUGUAUGACAUUACUGGGUUGAUGGACUGUUUAGACUACUGUGUGGUCCUGUAUGACAUUAUUGUGUUGAUGGACUGUUUAGACUACUAUGUGGUCCUGUAUGACAUUACUGGGUUGAUGGACUGUUUAGACUACUGUGUGGUCCUGUAUGACAUUAUUGUGUUGAUGGACUGUUUAGACUACUAUGUGGUCCUGUAUGACCUUAUUGUGGUGAUGAACUAUUUAGUUACCGUAGAUCUAUAUUUUCUAAUUUAUGAUUCAGUUACCGAAGAUCUGUAUUUACUAAUUUGGGAUUUAGUUACCAAAGAUCCAUAUUUACUAAUUUGGGAUUUAGUUACCGAAUAUCUAUAUUUUCUAAUUUAUGAUUCAGUUACCGAAGAUCUAUAUUUUCUAAUUUAUGAUUUAGUUACCGAAGAUCCAUAUUUACUAAUUAGGGAUUUAGUUACCGAAGAUCUAUAUUUUCUAAUUUAUGAUUCAGUUACGGAAGAUCUAUAUUUACUAAUUUAUGAUUUAGUUACCGUAGAUCUAUAUUUACUAAUUUAUGAUUUAGUUACCGUAGAUCUAUAUUUACUAAUUUAUGAUUUAGUUACCGUAGAUCUAUAUUUACUAAUUUAUGAUUUAGUUACCGUAGAUCUAUAUUUACUAAUUUAUGAUUUAGUUACCGUAGAUCUAUAUUUACUAAUUUAUGAUUUAGUUACCGUAGAUCUAUAUUUACUAAUUUAUGAUUUAGUUACCGUAGAUCUAUAUUUACUAAUUUAUGAUUUAGUUACCGUAGAUCUAUAUUUACUAAUUUAUGAUUUAGUUACCGUAGAUCUAUAUUUACUAAUUUAUGAUUUAGUUACCGUAGAUCUAUAUUUACUAAUUUAUGAUUUAGUUACCGUAGAUCUAUAUUUACUAAUUUAUGAUUUAGUUACCGUAGAUCUAUAUUUACUAAUUUAUGAUUUAGUUACCGUAGAUCUAUAUUUACUAAUUUAUGAUUUAGUUACCGUAGAUCUAUAUUUACUAAUUUAUGAUUUAGUUACCGUAGAUCUAUAUUUACUAAUUUAUGAUUUAGUUACCGUAGAUCUAUAUUUACUAAUUUAUGAUUUAGUUACCGUAGAUCUAUAUUUACUAAUUUAUGAUUUAGUUACCGUAGAUCUAUAUUUACUAAUUUAUGAUUUAGUUACCGUAGAUCUAUAUUUUCUAUUUUAUGAUUCAGUUACCGAAGAUCUAUAUUUACUAAUUUAUGAUUCAGUUACCGUCGAUCUAUAUUUACUAAUUUAUGAUUUAGUUACCGUAGAUCUAUAUUUACUAAUUUAGGAUUUAGUUACCGAAGAUCUAUAUUUACUAAUUUAGGAUUUAGUAACCGUAGAUCUAUAUUUACUAAUUUAGGAUUUUGUUACCGCAGAUCUAUAUUUACUAAUUUAUGAUUUGGUUACCGUAGAUCUAUAUUUACUAAUUUAUGAUUUAGUUACCGUAGAUCUAUAUUAACUAAUUUAUGAUUUAGUAACCGUAGAUCUAUAUUUACUAAUUUAUGAUUUAGUUACCGUAGAUCUAUAUUUACUAAUUUAUGAUUUAGUUACCGAAGAUCAAUAUUUACUAAUUUAUGAUUUAGUUACCGUAGAUCAUUAUUUACUAAUUUAUUAUUUAGUUACCGUAGAUCAAUAUUUACUAAUUUAGGAUUUAGUUACCGAGGAUCUUUAUUUUGUUUCCCAGCGUCCGGUGAUAUAUAUUUAUCGUUUUAAAACUGUGUUAAACUCGUUUUCGAAAAGGAAAUUGGAAACAUAUCAAAAUCUUAUUUUCGUGUAUGUUUAAAUUCGUCGGUUAUCGCUUGGAAAAGUCCAAUCCUUUCAUACUUACUGGUACGGUUAAGCAAAUUCAACUUACAUCCUUUGUGUUUCCUCUGUUUUCAAUCAAAAAUUAAAAUGUUUUGAAUUCAUCACGUUUACAAACUUAUAUGACAUUGGACUGCAAAACACUGAAAUAUAUAUGUUUUAGUAAUGCUUCGUGAACACAAAAAUAUACACAUAAAACUGAACAAAAUCACUACUGUAUAUAUGAGAAAUUACACUUCAAAUUACACCACUCCUGUUGUAUAUCCAUGUAGCAACACACACAUUUAAACUUGAACCAAAAACACACCAACAACGACAAAAGCUGCCUAGUACUGUAAGGAUUCGUUGACAUUGCUAAUGUAUGAAAUUCUGGAAACCUUCACCUAUAUCGUAUAUUUGUGGAGAGAUUGUAAGUGUGCUAUCUUACUUCGCCUGUAUAUGUAUUGUGUAUAUGAAAUAAUGAUCUCGAAAAUUCUAACUAUUAGAGAAAAUGUCUUUAGAAUUCCGAUCCUUCUUCAACUGUAAAUUGUACCAUGUUGUUUGCAACCUUAAUUGGUAUUUUCAGUUCUAAAUGAUCGCAAAAAGUCAAUUGUGUCAAAACAUUUACAAAUUCGAAUAAAACCAUCAGUUUUGUUUAUCGUAGAAUCUCGCGGUAGAUGUAAUUGCUUUUACUCAUCCUACAUUGAUAUACUAUUAAUUUUUGUUUUCUUAUUUUCAUAAACACUACAGAAAAUGGUGAAAAAAGGAAAACAAAGGUUUAACAAAUUUCAGCAAACGAUGACCAAAUAUUCUAGAUACUACCAUCAUUUGUUUUUAUGACAAAGCAUUAAUUGCAAUAUACACACACAUACUUGUCGACACAGUAAGCACCACAGCCGUACUAGCUACAAUCACACGCCAUGAUGCAUAGACAUAAUAACUUAAAUCUUGAAAUCUUGAUAAAGUCGACGGAUGAAACAAGAAUGAGUUCCGAAACUUUAGCGCUCUUAAUGCUAUGAUAAAAGCAAUUAGUAUGCCAACCUCGAAGUCUUGUUUUAUAGUUUAAAAAAAAACAAAAAAAAAUACCGUGUAAUAGUUAUGAGUGGUUUUGCAAAAUUUCAAUAUGCUAUACAGAAUAAUUUGUAUAUACAUAUAUAUAUUUAUAAAAACAAUACCACACAUAUGCACAAGCGUCGUAGUUUAAUUACCUCGUAAUUCAUUUUCGUUUUCGAGAAAUUUGCUUAAAGGAGUUCUAAUGAGCGAUCACAAACACCAUCAAUAACUAAGAGAUUUGAAGAAAGUUAUAAAUAGAUUAUAGUCACGUGAUCAAGGUGCUUUGCACUAGUGGUAAUUGUACAACGCUUGCAAAAUAAAAUAUACAAUUAACACAUUUUAGAACCUGUUUAAAGAUAAAAUUUACUGUUGCGUACGGGCUACGAAUUGGUAUUACCCCUCCGUGCGUACGAUGCAAUCCAUAUCUACGAUUUAAUUUUAUCUUUAAGAAGAGUUCAAUAUCCUACCUUACGCGAUAUAUAAACUCACCAAUAAGUCUUCCACACUCCGCUCUACUUCAUUUUUCUUUCAUGGACAUGAGAUAUAUAUCAUUAUAACACUAUGAUAACACAAAUAUGUUAAAUGAACACCUGUUCGCCCCUGAGUAUCGCUUUCACAAAUGAUACAGCUAGAUAAAAACACACCACUUUCAUACAAAUACCGCGUUCCUUGAGUAUUUUAUGAUACAACGCACACAUUACGUUGAAAAUUCGUUAACUGCACAAAUAAAUGCAUCUACACUACCAGCUAAAUGACAAACCUCUGAUUUCCCUUCAAAGGAAACACUGGUGUGCAUUUAACCACGUGAUAUAACAAAUACAGUUUCACGUAACAUAUAGUUACUUAAUAUGUGACUUAACACAUAUCUAGUCACUUAAUAUGUGACUUAACACAUAUCUAGUCACUUAAUAUGUGACUUAACACAUAUCUAGUCAAUUAAUAUGUGACUUAAGACAUAUCCAGUCACUUAAUAUAUGAUUUAAUACAUAUCCAGUCACUUAAUAUAUGAUUUAACACAUAUCCAGUCACUUAAUAUAUGAUUUAACACAUAUCCAGUCACUUAAUAUAUGAUUUAAUACAUAUCCAGUCACUUAAUAUAUGAUUUAACACAUAUCCAGUCACUUAAUAUAUGAUUUAACACAUAUCCAGUCACUUAAUAUAUGAUUGAAUACAUAUCCAGUCACUUAAUAUAUGAUUUAACACAUAUCCAGUUACUUAAUAUAUGAUUUAACACAUAUCUAGACACUUCAUGAUUUACCACAUAUCUAGUCACUUAAUAUAUGAUUUAACACAUAUCUAGACACUUCAUGAUUUAAGACAUAUCCAGUCACUUUAUAUAUGAUUUAAUACAUAUCCAGUCACUUAAUAUAUGUUUUAAUACAUAUCCAGUCACUUAAUAUAUGAUUUAAUACAUAUCCAGUCACUUUAUAUAUGAUUUAACACCUAUCCAGCCAUUUUCUUUAUUUUAUUUUAACCACAUACUUAAAUCAUUUCAAUCAAUACAAAUAGGUGAUGGUGAGUUUGAUUGUGACAUCACAAUGAAAAUAUUGCAUCAAUUUUACAUGACAGAUAACCCGUAAAACGGUGCUGGAAUAAUCCUUUGUUGCUUUUAUUAACAUGAACAGGAACUCACAAUACCACUAAAUGUGAAUUGUGCAUCGACCGGAAGUUGCAAUAGAUACGUUAUUAAGGUUAUUCCCUACACACGUGUACACUAGUAGUAGGUUACAGGAGACGUGGUGAGUUGAGUCAUACCUUGGUAGUGGUACACAAUGUCGUACCUGUGAAGUGGUACACAAUGUCAUACCUGGGUAGUGGUACACAAUGUCAUACCUGGGUAGUGGUACACAAUGUCAUACCUGUGUAGUGGUACACAAUGUCAUACCUGUGUAGUGGUACACAAUGUCAUACCUGGGUAGUGGUACACAAUGUCAUACCUGUGUAGUGGUACACAAUGUCAUACCUGGGUAGUGGUACACAAUGUCAUACCUGUGUAGUGGUACACAAUGUCAUACCUGGGUAGUGGUACACACUGUCAUACUUGGGUAGUGGUACACAAUGUCAUACCUGUGUAGUGGUACACAA